GUGGCAGAGGCGGAGUUGAGGGUCGAGAUGCACGCGCCGCAUCCGUCCUCCCCGGGUUCCGCGCCCUGUGCGGGCGUCCGCGCUGAGCUGGCGGGGUUCCUGCUCUCCUGGCGCCUCGAGCGGGGAGUGCGAAGGGUGGGUAGGUGUCUGUUCCACCGAUUCCGCUCCCUACCGCUCUUGGUCUUCCCCGAGCUCCCAGAAAGUCCUGAGGUCGGGCCCAGGAGAAAGGAGGCCCGGAGAGACAUCGUCCCAGGUAGAAUGUGCCCCGAGGGGAAUGGACGGGCAAGUUACCCUAGCCUCCCUGAUAGUUUACCUACCAGUUUGGGUUCCUGCAGCGCGUUUCAUUGAAGAUCAUGCAGCGCUGCUUUGCGAACAGUGCCUUGCUGCUCAAAGAAGGGUCUGCAGACCAGGAGCAUCAGCCUCACUUAUUAGAAAUGCAGAAUCUCGGGCCUCACUCCAGACCUGCUGAAUCAGAAUCUGCGUUUUAACGAGAUUCUCAGGAUAUCCCUGGUGAUCUUGGAGGAGUCCGUAUCAUGGAAUCGAUCUCUAUGAUGGGAAGCCCUAAGAGCCUUAGCGAAACUUUUUUGCCUAAUGGCAUAAAUGGUAUCAAAGAUGCCAGGAAGGUCACUGUAGGUGUAAUUGGAAGUGGGGAUUUUGCUAAAUCUCUGACCAUUCGACUUAUUAGAUGUGGCUAUCAUGUGGUCAUAGGAAGUAGGAAUCCUAAGUUUGCUUCUGAAUUUUUUCCUCAUGUGGUAGAUGUCACUCAUCAUGAAGAUGCUCUAACAAAAACAAAUAUAAUAUUUGUUGCUAUACAUAGAGAACAUUACACCUCCCUGUGGGACCUAAGACAUCUGCUUGUGGGUAAAAUCCUGAUUGAUGUGAGCAAUAACAUGAGGAUAAACCAAUACCCAGAAUCCAAUGCUGAAUAUCUGGCUUCAUUAUUCCCGGAUUCCUUGGUUGUCAAAGGCUUUAAUGUUGUCUCAGCUUGGGCACUUCAGUUAGGACCUAAGGAUGCCAGCCGGCAGGUUUAUAUAUGCAGCAACAACAUUCAAGCUCGACAACAGGUUAUUGAACUUGCCCGUCAGUUGAAUUUUGUUCCCGUUGACUUGGGAUCAUUAUCAUCAGCAAAGGAGAUUGAAAAUUUACCCUUGCGACUAUUUACUCUCUGGAGAGGGCCAGUGGUGGUUGCCAUAAGCCUGGCCACGUUUUUUUUUCUUUAUUCCUUUGUCAGAGAUGUGAUCCAUCCAUAUGCUAGAAACCAGCAGAGUGACUUUUACAAGAUUCCUAUUGAGAUUGUGAAUAAAACCUUGCCCAUAGUUGCCAUUACUUUGCUGUCCCUGGUAUACCUAGCAGGUCUCCUGUCAGCUGCCUAUCAGCUUUAUUACAGCACCAAGUAUAGGAGAUUUCCACCUUGGCUGGAGACCUGGUUACAGUGUAGAAAACAGCUUGGAUUACUAAGUUUUUUCUUCGCUUCAGUCCAUGUUGCCUACAGCCUCUGCUUACCAAUGAGAAGGUCAGAGAGAUACUUGUUUCUCAACAUGGCUUAUCAGCAGGUUCAUGCGAAUAUUGAAAACUCUUGGAACGAAGAAGAAGUUUGGAGAAUUGAAAUGUACAUCUCCUUUGGCAUAAUGAGUCUUGGCUUACUUUCCCUCCUGGCAGUCACCUCCAUCCCUUCAGUGAGCAAUGCUUUAAACUGGAGGGAAUUCAGUUUUAUUCAGUCUACACUAGGAUAUGUCGCUCUACUCAUAAGUACUUUCCAUGUUUUAAUUUAUGGAUGGAAACGAGCUUUUGAAGAAGAGUACUACAGGUUUUAUACACCACCAAACUUUGUUCUUGCUCUUGUGUUGCCCUCAAUUGUAAUUCUGGGUAAGAUCAUUUUACUCCUUCCAUGUAUAAGCCGGAAGCUAAAGAGAAUUAAAAAAGGCUGGGAAAAGAGCCAAUUUCUAGAAGAAGGUAUUGGAGGAGGAGUUCCUCAUCUCUCACCAGAGAGGGUUACAGUAAUGUGAUGAUAAAUGGUGCUCACUGAUGCCAUAUGGAGUUCUACUCACGCCAUUAUUUUUUUGAAUUCCUUUAUAUUCAGUUGCAAGUGCAGUGUCAAAUUGCUGUGGGCUGAAACCUGUUCACUGAGAUCUCAACCGAAUGAGUGGUAGAAUUUUCUUCAAAUUAAUUUUCACAAAUGUCAUAUAUUUUGUCGAUAUGAAUUUUUGUAGUCAACUUGUUGAAAUUUAGGUAUGUUUUGUUUUGUACAACUGUAACACUAUUGUUAUUUUAACAAACUAUAUUUCAUAAUCAGGCAAAAAUAUUAUAGUUAAUAAUAUAGAUAGAACAUAAUGUUAAAAAAACUUGGCAAACCAGCAGAAUUUUAAGUUUUAAUAUAAUUCAAUGGAUAUAUGUUUUUUCUGAAGCUUAAAUAAGGUUUUAAUAUUUAUCCAGCUUAAGAAAUAGAAAUGUAUAAUCAUGCAUUAGUUUUAAGAAAGGACACAUUACAUUAGCAUCUAGGUAAGGGUGCAUGGUAACAUUCCUACAUUUCUCUCAUGAUAUAGGGUUUGAAGAGUGGAAUUAAUUGUAUGAACCAGUGUGAUCUGUGAACAAAUGCAAAUUAAAAAGACAAAUUGAACCUGAAAUUAUACUUAAAAUGCACUGGAGACAUGAAAUACAAACUGAUAAUGCAUACCUCAUGAAAGAUUUUAUUCUUUAUCUUGUUACAGAGCAGUUUCACUUGCUUAUUUCUAUGUUGAUCAGGGAGAAGACAGUAAUAUUUGGCCUCUAAAACUGAUUUUUCUAAUAUAGUACCAAUCCUGGGAAUCUUAUAAUUGUUUCUAGUUAGAGGGGAAGUGUUAAGUUUACACACAAGUAGUUGUUUGUCAACUGCUCUUGUUGCACCUUCACCAGUUACCACUCUGUAUGGUAUAGGAUUUUACUGCUGUUCAUUGAGGGAUUACAACAUGCCAGGCACUGUCUAAGCACUUUACUUAUAUUAUCCCAUUUCAUAUGUACUUACAACAGCCCUGUGCCAAGGUGGUUAUUAUCCUCACUUUACAUAUGAGAAAACUGAAGGAUAGAAGGACAGAAAAGUUAAGUAAUUUGCCCAAGGUCACGCAGUUGGUAAGUGGCAGAGCCAGCAUUCAAGUCCAGGCAGUCAUAUUUCAGAGGCUGUGGUUUUAACUACUAGGCUGUAUGGCACAUGCUUCAUCCCCAUGCAUUACAUUCAUGAUGCCAAUCUAGAUGCUUCCUCCUUUGCAUAAAGGCUUUGACAUUCUUUAGAGUGGCUUGUGGGUGUCAAAAGAUGUAUGAAAAUAUUACAAUCAUAAAUUUAUUAUUGCUUGUGGGAUAAUCCACAGUUACUUUCCCUGGAGUAACCGGGACAUGACCCUGGAGACCCACGACAGUCCAUAUGCCUCUCUUUGCAGUGAGGGACUCCAGCAGAGAUAGCACCAUAGCAGUUUUAAUGAAUGCUGAGGUCCUACAGAAUGUUAAAAAGUCCCUGUAGAGUUGGUCAUCUCUUUUUCUCUUCCUGAGAAGGCCUCCUGCCUGCUCAGUCAUUCAUUAGGGAGCAGUUUGCAAUCUUGAAGGAUUGUAGGAUAAGUGGUUAGUUAUAAAUCAACUCUAAGACAUAUAAUCAUACAAAUUAUUCAUAAAAUUUUUCAGUGCUGACAGUCUGCAUUAAAAUUGCAUUUUGUUCAACCUUUGGUUAGAAUGCCCUACAUUGUUUUUUCCAUGUGCUCUUUCCUUAUUAAAAUAGGAAGUUGCAGACAAGAUACAAUUAUGUGCAUUCCUCUUCCAGAAAUUAUAACUUUUCUAAACUUACUAUUGUAAGGUACUACAAUACCUUAGGUACUAUUGAAUCCGGCUGCCAAAAAUGAAAGGAGUUUUAUUUAGUGGAGGCUGCCUUUCCCACCAAUGGCUCCUUUCCUACUCCAUCAUGUCAGUUUGGUAAAUCACCCAUGAUUCUCUCAUGUUCUAUUCUUGGUGAAUUUUAAUAUCUUGUACUUUUUAGUUGAGUUCUCCAUUUUCUUUAUUUUAAUUAUAUUUUUCCCCUCUUGAUAAUUACUUACUUGUUAGUUCUUCAUAGGAAUUCAUUGGGUGAUAACUUUGAAAGGUACCUAUAAACUAUUGUAGUGGACUCGUGAAAUUAACAGCAUAUUUUCAAUACUUUCUUGUUCCUUAAGUCUCACUCUCUUAAGAUCAUGCUUUCUACAUUUAAUGUGAAAAUACAAUGAAAUAUUUUUAAAACUAGAUGACUACUGAAGUAUAUUGUUGCGUGUAUAAUAUUAAGUAGCUGAUAAUAUAAACAGAAUUAUCACUACAGAUAAAUGGGGCCUUUGAAAAUAUGAAAAACAAAGUUUAUGAAAAUGUAUAUAAAAUGUAACUGCUGUUUCAAAUGGUAAUAUCUCCUUUUUUCAGUACUACAAAGAUGAAAUAAUUUUGAAGGUUUAGAAUAAGUGUAAUAUAUUCAUUAUAAUUCUAAAUGUUUAAAAGCCAUUCUAAAAAUGCAAAAAUAUUAAUUGACUUUUAAUUGCUUUAUUUUACUGUUUCCUACCUGAUUAUUUUUCUUAAGCAUUAUUUCUCACAAUUAUUGUUUUUAAAUCAUUACUCUGGCCUCAAAAGUAGGACUGAGUUCUGCUCUUGGUAGAUGUGAGAAAGUAGUGGGAAAUUUAACGUAGCAAGGAUUUGCUUCCUAAUCUGUAUUUAGAGAAGUGCCCCUGAGAAAAUUAUAAGAAUGUAGAAAAUAUACCCAGUGUUAAUCCUAUGCAAAAAAGAAAAUCAAGUAAUUCUCUCCUAAGAGGAAAAUAAUCAUGGGCUGAAUCAUGCUAUUUAGCUUUUGCAUGCAGAUUUCAUAUGUCUCCUCUAUUAAGAAUAUUUAAAACCAUGUUUAAAUACGAAUAUAUUCAUGCUAACCUAUAUUUUUCAAAGCAUAUAUGGAAAUUUAGCCCAGAUUGUCUACAUAUAGAGAUUUUUAUUUAAAUUUUAAAAUAUUUUAAAGUAUGAAUAAAUUAUAUUUAUAGGUAUUUAUCAGAGAUUAUUUUAUGCUACAUAUGGGAUUGGCUAAUGAGCUCCAUUAUUAAACUACCUGAUUAAUUCUUAUAAAUUAGCAUAAUCUUGAUGUGAUUAAGGAAUUUUACUUUCAAAAUUAAUUUGAUAAUAGUAACUUCAGUAUAGUUACUUAUAAACAUACUUACAGUCCAAUUAUGAAAAUUAUUUGUGUAAAAGGGUUUCAAGAAUAUAUCUUAUCCAACUUUUGUAUUGUUUAUCUCAUGUAAUCUGAUAAAACCUUAAUUCUUUUUAAUUGCCUUUUGCCAUUAAACUAUUUCCUAAGAAAUUCUAUACAGAGUUUUCCCCCAAAAAAGAGGUUUAUUUGUGAAAUUUAACGUUUCUUCUGUGAUAUUUUAAAUACACUACCAUAAAUGUCAUUCCUAAGUAUGUCUUUAGGAAUACAAUAAAUGCUGAAUCUGUGUCAGUCUAUAAAAUCUCUGUUUUGAAAUAAGUAUUUAAACAGCCUGAAAUGUCAUUUUGAAAUUAUUUUGUAAAUUCAUGACUUAAAGCAGUGCUACAAAUAUUUGUGAUGUGUCGUCAUGAAAAUGAGAUGCUCCAUCCUCAAUUGUUCAUAAGUCAGUAAAACAAAUUCUGGUAUAUAUUCAGUAUACGUAAUUGCUCUAAAGGAAACUGUAAUAAUUUUAGUAGAAAUACAAUCUGUUCAUACCUUUGAACAGUGAAUCUUACAGGAAUGAAUAAGUUUUUCAAUUUUUUUUUAAUGCAAGAAAAUUAUAAAGUGCUAAUAUUCAGAGAUCCUGUCCAUAUGAUAGCAAAAAAUGUUUAGUUCAGUCUAACACACGUACAUACUGAGAUUUUUUUUUAACUUUCCAAAUGAUUGGAUUUCCAUUGUGCAAUCAUCCAUAAUUAGGGCAGACUGUAUGGAUUCUGCCAGUAGCUAGAUGGGCUAAAUUAAGUCACCAAAGCAGGUGCUUUUGCAUGAUUUACAAAUUGCCAACUUCAAGGAAGUAUUCUCUUAAGAUUUUCCUGAAAGGUCUUUUCAUAACUUUGCAGAUAUCCAGCCUGAACGGGACUGGAAGUUGUCUCCCUAUGUCUAAUUACCCUCCUUCUUUAAAAGCUACUGCCCAUCACAUUACUCAAUUGCCCUUGCAGCUGAGUGUUCCUAUGUGACUGAGGGUUGGCCAGUGAGAGGUGGGAGCACGGAUGAGUGACUUCUUGGAAGUCUCUUCAAAGAAAAGUAGCAUGUGUUCUUUAUCUUAUCCCUCCAUCCUGCUGCUGGAAUUGUAGAUAUAACAGGAGCCCUGGCAAAUAUCCAAAAGGACCAAGGCCACAUCGUAAGGAAGGCAUGGUAGAGACUAAAAAGAUCUUGACUACUUCACUACUUCGACUGCCUUUUCCUUUAUUUAAGCCAUUGUAAAUUUGGGUUUCUUUAUGAAGUGAAAACUAAUCCAUUCUGGCCUUCUGUUCUUUGUCAUGGUAUUGUUUAACACUGUUUGAAUAAACUAGAUUGCAAUAAUUCUUACCUUUAAAAGUUUUUAAAGGAUAAUGUGCAAUUCACAUUAGAAUUGAUUUUCCAUUGUUAAUUGAUUAUACUCAUUUUCUUGCCUUGGUCUUUCACUGGAUAUUUUGUAUCUGCUUGGAAAAUAUUGUCUUCUUUGUAACGCUGUAAUAGAUAUUUGCUAAAACUCUGUAGUCGCCUACUAAAUAUCGCUAUCAAAUUACAUGCCAUGUUUUUAUAUCAUUCUCAUAGAUCUGCCUUAUAAACAUCUAAAUAAAAAGUACU